GGAGUCUACGGGGAAAGGUAAGAGCGCUUUCUGUUUUGUAUAUGCGGACCUAUGUGCUGCAUGUAAAAAAUGUUCUGAUCGAAACAGCGAAACAUUCAGCAGCCGUGUUUUGCGAUGCGUUAGGGAGUCGGGGAGAGACCAGGUUAAAGUGCGAGCAAAAUCCCUCGCUCCAGUGCGAAUUGCAUUGAGAAGGUUACACGGGAGAGUGGGGAAAGGCCAGCGCUAGGCAAGGUAACAAAGUGACGGUGGAGAGAGAACUGGGCAACAAGUGGCUUUGACGUUAGUUACUGUUUAACAUCUCCACCCACUUGGAGCCGAUUCAAAGAUCGAUGCGGUGACAGCUUGGCCAGGCCCCGGCGCCUGGGAGGCAGCCGAGCCCAGCGGCAGAUGGCAAGGGAGCACCUUCUUCCUACAGAGUCCUCCCUGCGCUGCGACCCCGGCCGCCGACAGCCGCCGCCUCUGCCGCCCACUGCAAUGACAGCAGGCGGCGCGGAUGCCUCGUAACCAGACUUAAGAGACUUCCACAACCGAGCCAAACACCAUGAACACAUCAGAGAGUGGAAUAAGCAGUUUGUGUGCAAUAUGUGGGGACCGAGCCACAGGCAAACACUAUGGUGCCUCCAGUUGUGAUGGAUGCAAGGGUUUCUUCAGGAGAAGCAUAAGGAAGAGUCAUGUAUACUCAUGCAGGUUUAAUCGGCAGUGUGUUGUUGACAAAGAUAAGAGGAACCAAUGCAGAUAUUGCAGAUUGAAGAAAUGUUUCCGAGCUGGGAUGAAGAAAGAAGCUGUACAAAACGAACGUGAUCGGAUCAGCAACAGAAGGAACAGCUACGAGAGUGGCAACUCCCCUUCCAUCAAUGUGCUGGCUCAGGCUGAAGCCCUUUCUCAUCAGCAGAUCGCCCUUUCGGUUUCUGCAGCAAACACAGACAUCAACACAAAGAAAGUUGCUACUAUUAGUGAUGUCUGUGAGUCAAUGAAGGAACAGUUGUUGAUUUUGGUGGAAUGGGCAAAGUACAUUCCAGCUUUCUGCGAACUGCCUUUGGAUGAUCAGGUUGCUUUGUUGAGAGCACAUGCUGGGGAACACUUGCUGCUUGGAGUGGCGAAGCGUUCUACAUCGUAUAAAGACAUCCUAUUGCUAGGGAACGAUUAUGCUAUACAUCGCAACAGUCCGGAAAUGGAAAUUAGUCGUGUGGCAAAUAGGAUUUUGGAUGAGUUGGUGCAGCCUUUCCAAGAAAUUCAGAUAGAUGACAAUGAAUAUGCCUGUUUGAAAGCAAUUGUGUUCUUCGAUCCAGAUGCAAAAGCUCUAAAUGAUCCAACAAAAAUCAAGAGCAUGCGUUAUCAAGUGCAAGUUAGUUUGGAGGAUUACAUUAAUGAUCGACAGUAUGAUUCUCGAGGACGAUUCGGGGAACUGCUGCUGCUGUUGCCAACUCUUCAGAGUAUAACCUGGCAAAUGAUUGAACAAAUUCAAUUUGUCAAACUUUUUGGACUAGCUAAGAUUGACAACUUGCUCCAAGAAAUGCUGCUGGGAGGUACAACUAAUGAAGCAAGUCAUCUCCAUCAUCCUUUAAACCCUCAUGUAGCCCAGGAUCCCAUAACAGGCCAAACCAUUUUGAUCAGUUCAAUUCCUACAGCAACUCACAGUCAACAGAUAUCUGCACCAGAAACACCACUACCAUCUCCUCCACAAGGUUCAGGACAAGAGCAAUACAAGCUUGCUUCAAAUCAACUUUCCGUUAUUUCUCAGCAUGGUCCGUUGCCAAAACCAAAGGGCUUAUGAUGCCAAACAUAAAGAAUGACAGAUUGUGCUUUUCUAUCCUGUUGAAUAUGAGAAAGAUGAAUUAAAUUACAGAAUCUGAAUCAAGCCAUGGGUAGAAAGCAACACUGCCAUUCUGUACAAUAUUCCAUUAAUUUCAUGACUUUGCCAACAAUUUGUUUUAAUGGAAUAUGCCACUGCAGGAGCAAGAAGUCUUAAACACAUGUUGCAAUCUCAGGUUAAUAUUUUAAAGAGAUUUUGUUUAAAGCUAUUUGAAAAUGGAUAAACUUAUCACGUCAUAAUUUUUUAUAAAUUGUAGAUUAAAUUCGACCAUUUUUAAAAUGGUUGACUGUUUUACUAUUUUACAUAUUAAAGUAGCAAUAAUUACAAUGUUUGACAGGGAAUAAAAUAAUUGUGUCAUAGUUGAUAAUGUUAUGAACCACUGGCUUCUCUUAAGCUUUGAUGUACAUGAAGAUGUCUAAAGAAAGCACAUAGAAAAUUACUAAAUGAGUUACAAAGUGGUAACACAACCAAAGUAAGAUAAUUGCAAAAUGUCAAAUUUACAUUAUUACAACCAGUAUCAUUAUACCAAGUAAUUUUAAAAAGGAAUAAUACAUAUGUUUUUAAAAAUGCUCCUGCGUUGAAUCGUGCUAUCUAAGUUCAUUGCUUACUCUACUAUCUCCGAAGAUAGACACAAAAAGCUGGAGUAACUCAGCAGGACAGACAGCAUCUCUGGAGAGAAGGAAUGGGUGACAUUUUGUGUUGAGACCCUUCUUCAGAUUGAAGAAGGAUCUCGACCCGAUAUGUCACACAUUCCUUCUCUCCAGAGAUGCUGCCUGAGUUACUCCAACUUUUUGUAUCUAUCUUCGGUUUAAACCAGCAUCUGCAGUUCUUUCCUACACAUUUUGUUUACUAUCUCUGAAAUAUUUCAUACUGGCAGCAAAAGGGCAUGCCAGGAAUUAUUUGACCAGGCAAAAAGUAAUACAAUUCAUUUUUUACCAGAACCGUUAUUAUUCUCUACCUUUUUAUGAAAUCAGGGCAGAUCAAAUCAAAUUAGCUUCCAAACUAAUAUCACAUUUUUAUAUUGAAUUAAAGUUGAUCUUUUAAUAUGGUUGGUGAAUAGACUUUGCUCCAAUAAUUUUUGACUAUGAACUGCCUUAAAUUGCUAAAUGCAUAAUUUUGAUCUACCUUGUGUAAAUGGAGUGAAACAAUUAUAUGACUUUUUCUUGUUUGUAUAUAAUGAGUAAUUGGAUAAUCAUUGUAAUUUAUUGUGAUGGAAUGAUCUAUUUUAUAAAUGAAAUUAUUUUUGUAUGAAUUAUUGUUAAUGAUUCAAAAAUGAUCAAAUCCUGGAAGUAAAUCAAUACUGGAAUGUGAAGUGUACAGAGUUUUAAAUAUAAUUUUGCAUUAUAAAAAUGUUGAAUAUUCAGUACAUUUUAUGUACUUGCAGAAAAAUCCUACUCUUCACAUGGUAAAAUACAAAUAAAUGUUAAUAUCUUGCCAUCCACAAUAACUGAUUUUAUGUAGCUCUGGUAUUCCUAUUAUUCCUAAUAAUUUUAUGGAUGUUAAUUGCAUGUCAACUACAGUGAUGAUUUGUUUAGUGCAUUUAUACAUUGCCUUCACUAAGUAGGUCAAGACGGACAGUUAAUGGUUGACUGCUCCUUUGAAAGCCUUAUAAUUCCCAAUUAAUUAUAAAAUGACACCGCCAUGCAUAGUCGUUAAAGGUGAGAUUGUUUUGGUUGGCUAUAUUUGUUAACUAUUAUUUUCUUAACCAUUUUGGUGCCUUGCGUCAUAAAUCCAGAAUUAGUUCCAGGCUUUUGAUCAGUUGAAGCCACCAACUCUGAACCAGGGGCCACGGCUCAAUUGCAAGGAGCGAGCAGGAACUGGUGCCUUGACUGAUAAAUCCCUGUCACUUGCAUGCCAGUAACUGGGUCUGGUAAUGGGUGGGGGCGGGGGUUGAAGUUGGUGAAGGCUGGAGAAAAUUAGUUACAAUUAUCCAGUGGUAUACUUGCAACUAAUACAGAAUGGUAAAGCACAGGAAUCGGCCCUACGACCCACAAUUUCCAUUUCAAAUAUGAUGCCCAUUUAUCAAUAGUCAAUAGUGCUUUCAACUAAUCUUUUCUGCUUGCAUGUGAUCCAUAGCACGCCAUCCCCUGCAUAUCCAAGUGCCUAUCUAAAAAACCCUUAAAAUGCGCUUUUGUAUAUAUCUCCACCAUCCCUAGCACCAGGCACUCACUACUUUACACAAAAUCACUGCCCUGGAAGUAAAUCAAUACUGGAAUGUAAAUAGUACACAGUUUUAAAUAUAAUUUUGCAUUGCAAAAAUGAGUUGAAUAUUCCAGGGUCUUUGAUAUUUCCACCAUGGGAGAAAGAUUCUGACUCUCUACCAUAUCCAUGCCUCUUAUAAUUUUGCAUACCGGUACUUCUAAUGGGUCUUCCCACCAAUGUUCCAGAGAAUAGUCCAAAUUUGUCCAACCUCUUCAUAGAGCUAAUAUCUCUAAUCAAUGCAAUCUUCUGGUAAACCUCUUCUGCACCCUCCUCAAAACCGCCACAUCCUUCCUGUUAUAGGGCGACCAAAACUGCACACAAUAUUCCAAAUGUGGUCUAACCAACGUCCUACAAAGCUGCAACAUGAGGUCCUGACUCUUAUACUUAAUGCUAGGACCGAUGGAGGCAAGUAUACCAUGUGCUUUCAUUACCAUGCAAUCUGAUGCUGUUGCUACUUUCAGGGAGCCAUGGAUAAAAUUCCUCUGUACAUUAAUGCUUUAAGUGUCUUACCAAUAACUGUAUUCUAUCCCCUUACAUUCUACUUUUCGAAGUACAACAUCUGACAUUUGCUCGGAUUAAGCUCCAACUGCGAUUUCUUCACUCAUUUCUGUAGCAGAUCUAUAAUCUCCCGUGUACUUUUGACAGCCUUCCCCACUGCUCACAUCUCCACCAGUUCUGGUGUUGUCUACAAAUUUACUAGCCAACCCAUCUGCACUUGAUUUAAAGUUAUUGAUAGACAAUCUGCAAUGACGAGUUACUAAAACACAAACAAGUUACUAAAACACAGGACUCCCAUCGGCCAAAAGGUUUACAAAACUAAGCUAGAUGGAAUGAGUAAUGAAUACUUUCUCCUUCUUAUUUACGAUUUCCUGGCCUAUAUCAGCACAAGGCAGCACAGUGGCGCAGCGUUAGAGCUGCUGCCUUACAGCACCAGAGGAUGGGGUUCAAUCCUGAAGGAUGCUUGUCUGUAUGGA